GGAAAAAAAAAAGAAAGAAGAAGAAAAUGCUUCACCUCCAAUAAUGGAAUCUCAAUCUCACCUAUAUAUCUCUCGAUUCCAUCCCUAACCUUUCGCCCAUCACCCAUUUUCAAUUCACCGUCCUCUAUUCUCUUCUUCUUUCUGUUCAUUCCAUUUUCUUCAGGCUGCCAUGGCCAAGGACUCUGAAGCCGGAGGGUUCGCCGCCAAGGACUACCAUGACCCACCGCCGGCGCCGUUGAUCGACGCCCAGGAGUUCACUCAGUGGUCAUUUUACAGAGCCAUCAUUGCCGAGUUCAUCGCCACGCUUCUCUUCUUGUACGUCACUGUUCUCACUGUCAUUGGCUACAGUCAUCAGUCCGACACCAAAAACGGCGGCGAAAUCUGCGGCGGCGUCGGCAUUCUCGGCGUCGCCUGGGCCUUUGGCGGCAUGAUCUUCGUUCUCGUCUACUGCACCGCUGGAAUUUCCGGAGGGCAUAUUAAUCCGGCGGUGACAUUUGGGUUGCUCUUGGCUCGGAAGGUUUCGUUGGUGAGGGCCAUUCUGUACAUGGUGGCUCAGAGUUUGGGUGCGAUUUGUGGGUGUGCGUUGGUUAAAUCUUUUCAGAAGGGUCUCUACCAUCGCUACAACGGUGGAGCCAAUCAGCUCGCCGACGGCUACAGCACCGGCACCGGCUUGGCCGCGGAGAUCAUCGGAACUUUCGUUCUUGUGUACACUGUCUUCUCUGCUACAGAUCCCAAGAGAAGUGCCAGAGAUUCUCACGUUCCUGUUCUAGCACCGCUGCCAAUUGGGUUCGCCGUCUUCAUGGUCCACCUUGCCACCAUUCCGAUCACCGGCACGGGAAUCAACCCCGCUCGGAGCUUCGGAGCUGCAGUGAUCAUCAACAAAAGCAAGCCCUGGGAUGACCAGUGGAUUUUCUGGGUUGGACCCUUCAUCGGAGCUGCAAUUGCUGCGUUUUAUCACCAGUUCAUUUUGAGAGCAGGAGCAGUUAAAGCUCUGGGAUCGUUCAGGAGUUCCCACAGUGUCUGAUGAACUUCCUUCUUCUGCGUUAAUGGAGGAAUCACUAUGGUUUUGGAUCUAAAUGCUCAUCGCCAUCGCCAUGUGUGAUUUGGGAAGAUAUUCGAGUUUCUUUUUUAAAGGCACUUCUUUUAUCUGUGCCCUUCUUCACUGCUCUUUCUCACUCUUUCUUUUGCUGUCUUUUGUGUUGUUUGUAGUUGCCAAAUCCUCUCUACUUUUUCAGCACCUAAUUUCUGUAAAUUUUUUCUUGUUUUAGGCUUUUAUCCACCUAUUUGAAAGUUAUAUUAAAUAUUGCAAAAGAAAGUUGUUGCUUUGAGAAACGGGAUUGGUUGAGUAAAGUAACUACAAAUGCUCCCAAA